GGACAGGGCUCCGGACAAGACAGCACCCGAGCUGGCAGCUCCCGCCUGGAGUCCACCUUUCGGGGUCUUGGUGUCAGGCUCAGAGGCUCAGAGGACCUCAGGGUAGCAGGUCGAACCAGUGGGCACUGCCGUGGGGCAGGUGGAGUGAGUCUGAGGCCAGUAGAUGAACAGACAGAAGUUGAAAGGUCUAAAAAAGGAUGAGUGAGAGGGCUGCGCAGAACUGGAGCACAGGUGGCUGGCUGUUGGUACUGUGCCUGGCCUGGUUGUGGACCCUCUUAGCCUCGGCUUCCUCUCAGCCUCCUACUACGACAGUCCUCAUGAAGCAGGGCACCUGCGAGGUGAUUGCUGCUCACCGCUGCUGCAACCGGAACCGCAUUGAGGAGCGUUCUCAGACUGUCAAAUGCUCCUGCUUUUCUGGCCAGGUGGCUGGCACCACGUGGGCCAAGCCCUCCUGCGUGGAUGCCUCCAUCGUCCUGCAGAGGUGGUGGUGUCAGAUGGAGCCCUGCCUGCCGGGGGAGGAGUGUAAGGUGCUCCCGGAUCUGUCGGGAUGGAGCUGCAGCAGUGGACACAAAGUCAAAACCACCAAGGUCACACGAUAGCUCUAGGAGUCAUGGCCCAGACUGGACAAGCUCGAAUGAGCUAUGGACUGAAGAAUGCUAUCCAGUCAUCAGCCAGCAAAUAUGGAGAUUCACUUACCUGGACCCACACUCCAUGCCAUAUGCAACAUCAGGCUUUCCAGGGGCAUUUC